AUGCAUAACCCAUACCACCCACGCUCACAAACCGACUCAACCACAGCUCCCGCAGGGCGAAACAGACAAAGGGAAAUACCAAGAAAACUAUUUGAACCUCCGACCAACCCACGCAUACCUGACGCCCCAACCACCUCCCCUACUCCCUCUCCGGACCACAGUAAGGACAAACAGCUAGGGAGAAACAGUUAGAAAUCAAACCCUCAUAACACACAGCUCACACACCAAACGCACGCCACACUCCCACACCAACACACAACGCUCCCCCGCGUGCCCCCGGUGGAGACCAGCAGAGGGAGCCCACCGAACGCAUGAGGGAGACCAUCCCCAGCCCACACACCCCCAUUCCCCCGGACUGCAGGGCGCCGGGGCUGGCCCGCGCCCCCGCCUGCGCAGACAUGGCCCCUCCCCGGCUACAAUCCCCCCGCAGACACCAGAAGACACCCCAAUCAGACCUCAGAAUCUACACGAUCAACGCCAAAGGGCUCAACUCCCCACAGAAACGAGCAAGGGCACUGAGAGGACUGAAAUCCCUGCACAUUUCUACUGCGUUCUUCCAAGAAACGCACUUUCAAAAAGCCAAACACCCCAAAUUCUCAAAUAAACACUACCCACUGAGCUUCCAUGCCACCAAUCCAGACUCCAAGACCAAAGGGGUCACAAUACUCUUCGCGGCGGACAUACCGUUCCGCAAAGAGGAGGAACUUGCGGACCCAGGAGGCAGAUUUCUCUUCCUGAAAGGAACUAUACACAACACGCGAUUCACGUUCGCUAACUUAUACCUCCCGAACAAGGGACAAAAACCCUUUCUAGGGCGAACCCUCACAUUGCUAGACUCCUUUAGUGAUGGCAAACUAAUCCUCGGAGGAGACUUCAAUGCGCCUCUGGACCCUAAACUGGACACCUCAACAGGCCACUCGACCCUCCCGAGCCAUGUCCUCCGAGGCAUGAAAUCCACCCUACACGAACUCCACCUGUCGGAUUGCUGGCGCGCCCUACACCACCAAGAAAAGGACUACACCUUCUUUCACCCCCUCCACCCCCCACAACUCAUACUCACGAAUUGACUAUCUGUUUCUCCAGCACCGCCACCUGGACGACCUCCUUACUCAACGAUAACCCCCAUGACCAGGUCGGACCAUGCCCCGGUCAUCAUCACACUCACCUCACCAACGCCGUUCCAGAAACACUGGAACUGGAGACUGAACGAAUCACUACAAGAGGAUCCCCUGAUUCACCAAGAUGUGAAACCACACAUAGACCAAUUCUUCCAAACAAACAGCCGCCGGACUCCGCCCCGGAUAAGAUCUGGGAAGUGUACAAAUGCGUGAUUAGGGGCGUCCUGAUCAGACAUGGCGCGCAUCGAAAGCGACAACACACCCAAGAAACGGCCGAACCUGCGCGAAAGGUGGCGGACCUGGAGAAGCAACAUAAGUCCACCUUGGCCGAUGAUACAUACUCACAACUAGUCAUCGCCAGGGCAAAACUCAACUCCCACCUAUCCCAGAAGAUCGCAUUUCAAUUCAGGCAAACGCAGAAGACUUUCAACGAAUACGGUAACAAAAGCAGGAAAUUACUAGCGAGAGCCCUGAGGAAAACCAGACAAAAAAGCUUCAUAUCUGAGAUCAAACAUAAUGGAACCACCCACAACACACCGAAAUCAAUAGCGGAAGGAUUUCGCACUUACUACGAAGCACUAUACAACCUCCACAGCCAGGACGGCACCGGAGAGGGGUCGGACACCACAAAGACCCAAAAAUGUAACGAGUACCUCACCAAGUAUCUCACCAACACGAUGGACACAGAUAUGGCCGACGCCAUGGAGGAGCCGAUCACAGCGGAAUAA